CGCUGAUGUAAAAACAGUAGUCCGGAAAAGUUCGACGGAAAAUGUCGCGAGAAAAUGUUUUAUUACUGAAAAUUGCCUUUUUCCUCUCACUCUUGGUCUCCGUGUGCUGUUUGUACGAGGAUCAGAUUGGGAAAUUUGACUGGCGAAGGAGCUUCGUGGGCAAAUUGCAGGAUGGUUUCUUCGAUUCUGUUGGCAAUGACUUGAUCCUGAUGACGUCGGAGGAGGGAGUGGUGGCUGGUUUGAGUGCCAAGACGGGAGAUAUUCUGUGGCGGCAGGUGCUAGAGAAGAGCCCAAGGGGAGACAUCAAACAUGCGGCUUUCUACAUGGACACGCAAUCUGUGACGCCCCAGAGUACCCUCCUGACGGUUUCUGGACAGACACCAACCCUGAUCCGUGGAUGGAAUCCCACUGAGGGUUUUCUCAUGUGGGAAUGGAGCUUGACAUCGCACUAUCCGGAUCGGGAUGAUUUGUGGUUCAGUGAAAAUCUCAUGCUUUACCACGUCAUCCCAUUCUGGGAUUCUCACAUCGAGCUAACGCAGUACUAUGCUUCGACGGGGCAACAGCUGAAGCCGGGCAGUUCUAAGAUUAGUGCUGCGUGGAUUAAGAAGGGGAAAUGUGUUCUGGCUGUGCCAUUUUUUGUCUGUGCCAUCGAGACUCAAGUGAUUGGGGUGAAUUUGAUCUCUGAAAAUGGCCAAAUCUUCUCGAAGACCCUUCUAAAGCCAGCUCAGUCAGCUCCCAGGAUAAUUCCCGGACUCAGAGCGACAAUUCUUGUUAAUGAUGAAGUGAUUAAUUUGGAAGACAGUGGCUUCAGUCUGAAGAUGCUGCCCAAUUCUCGAUGGUUUGUCAGUGAAGUGGAGAAUCGGCAGGUUUUCCUGCAAUCUGUCGUUGAGGACAAGAACCUCAACAUCCUGGCCACGGAUUUGAGCACAGGGGAAUCCCUGAAUGACAUUGGGAUGACAAUCCCUUUGCCUGAUGCCCUGGGAACGCCCACAAUCAAAGCCGUCAAGUGCCGCAGGAAGACAGAAUCCCAACCACUUGCUUGCAGAAUUCUCCUCGACACAGACGAUUCAUCCGUGAUCCUGCUGCAGCAGGGCAAGAUUAAAUGGACACGGGAGGAAUCUCUGGCUCAUGUUGUGGCCGUGGAGAUGGUGGAUCUGCCUCUGUCGGACGCCGAGGGAGCCAUUGAGGAUGAGUUCAACAGCAAAGACGUGGAUAAUGGUGUUCAAUGGGAUUUCUUCGGAGCAAUUGCCAGGCGAUUAACUACCCAAGUGCAUCAAGCAAAAAAUAUUUUCUUGACUGUUUUGGGUCUUGGAAGUCUCUCAACAUCAUCCAAUGUUGAUCUAUUGGUCAGGGAUUCUUUUGGCCUUCACAAAAUGAUUGUGAUUCUCACAUCUAGCGGAAAACUCUUUGGCAUUGAUAAUAUUUCCGGAAAAGUACACUGGACAAAGUUUUUGCCAGAAAUUGAAAAAUUCACAGAGAAUCAAUCAAUGAAACUUCUUGUUCAGCGAACAGCUAAACAUUUUCCCCAUCCAGCUCAAUAUGCUGUUAUAGGGAAGCAAAGGGACUCUCGGAAUGGUAUUAUUUAUCAAUUUAAUCCGGUUACUGGGGAACCAAUUCAGAAUGGAUUUGUCCAUUUGUCACAUGGAAUUCAGCAGGUUUCUGUGCUGAAUGAAGAAGAAUCUGGCAAUUUUUUGCGUGCAAUUCUUAUCCUCGAUGAGAAUAAUCAGGCGCAUGUUUUGCCUGAAAGUGGACAGAAUCAGGCAGAUGGGAUGUUCUUGUACACAGUGAAGACGACCGGAGAAGUUACAGGGUACCAUAUUGAGGCAACUAACAAGGACAUCAAAUCGAGACUUAUUUGGAAUUUGAAUUUGAGUGGAGGAUCAAAUGCUCAGGUAAUUCAAGUGGCUGGAAAGAAUCCAAUUGAACAUGUUCAUUCUCAAGGAAGAGUGUUGAGUGAUCGAUCAGUUUUGUACAAAUACGUCAAUCCAAAUCUCAUUGCAAUUGCAACAUUUAGUCUCGAUGCAAUUCACAAAUAUGUAAUUAAUGUUCAUCUCAUUGAUGUUGUUUCGGGAUAUAUUGUACAGUCUCUGACUCACAGACGAGCUAAAGGACCCCUUCAUAUGGUCCACUCGGAAAAUUGGCUCGUGUACUCUUACUACAAUGAUAAAGUCCGUCGAACGGAAAUUACAACAAUUGAAUUGUAUGAGGGAAAAAUACAGACAAACAGCACAGUUUGGAGUUCACUGACUACACCACCUGUCCCAAAGAUCGAAAGACAAUCCUACAUUAUUCCUGCAAAUGUUUUUGCCAUGAAAGAGACAAUCACGGAGAAGGGUAUCACCAACAAGGACGUUCUAAUUGGAUUGUCAACGGGAGCCAUUGUAGAGAUGCCGUGGGCUCUGUUGGAUCCUCGACGUCCUGUGACGACGACACAGAAUCAAGCCCGUGAGGAGGGUGUCAUUCCGUACAUUCCUGAAUUGCCAUUGCCAAGUGAACAGGUCAUCAACUACAAUCAGUCUAUUGCACGAAUCCGUGGUAUCUAUACAGCUCCAAGUGGCCUCGAGAGUACCUGCCUGGUGAUUGCGCAUGGCCUGGAUAUGUUUGUAACGCGAGUGGCUCCGUCCAAGACGUUUGAUCUGCUCAAGGAGGACUUUGACUACUUUCUCAUCUCCAUUGUCCUGCUGGGGCUCACGGUGGCGUCGUAUGUGGUGAAGCACUUGGCAUCCCGGAAGGCCAUCAAACAAGCGUGGAAGUGAAUUUUAAAAAAAAAAUUGUAAUCUAGAUAAUUUCUUUUUUGGAGAAAAAGUCCCUCUCGUACCAAAGUGCAAUUAUUUAAAUGGGGAUUUUCAGCUGGGUUCCAAUGGUAUUUUUAUUUCUCUUAAAGGACUUUUAAGUUAACUGAUUUGAGCACUUUGAGGCAGUUUUUCAUUUUAUCUUUUAGAAAAUUCUAGAUAGAACAUUUUAUUGUGUUUUUGGCAGAGUGAAAAGAAAUGAGAGAAGAUGAAAUAUUAAUUUAUAAUUCAUA